AUGCUGUUGAACUAUUAUAUUAAUCUUGUGUGUUACUACGUCUCUCGAGAUGUGAUCUACCCUUUGCCGGUGUUCAGUGUCAAAAGAUCCAGAACUUUACUUCGAGGGCGUGAUUUUGGUCCAAGGGUAUAUGUGAUCGAGCUACAUUUACGAUGGUCAUUGGCAUGUAGGAAACUCGAUGUUGGAACUUAUGAGAGCACACAGCAGCAUAGCAGCUAUCUAUCAAAGACUGGUAAAGGCGCUGUAGAAAAGCAAGGGAGCGCAAAUGGUCGGCCAAUCGAAUUAUCUUUGCUUGAUCAUACUUUUGAUGACUGGCAGCUUUACAACAACGUCCCAAUUACUUCUGGUCAUUGCUUGAUCAACUAG